AUGGUAUUGCAGUGGUUGAGAGAGAAAAAGUUGUAUGCAAAGUUUAGCAAGUGUGAGUUUUGGCUCUCACAAGUGGCCUUCCUAGGCCAUGUGGUUUCAGCUGAAGGGAUUAAAGUUGCUCCGAGAAAGGUAAAGGCUGUAAUGGAAUGGGAAGCAGCAAAGAAUGCGGGAGAGAUCUAUAGUUUUUUGGGGUUGGCCGAUUAUUAUCGACGCUUUAUUGAGAACUUCUCACGCAUAUCUGCCCCCAUGACCAAAUUAACCCAAAAGAGAGUAAAUUUUGUUUGGUCCGAUGAAUCCGAGAAGAGUUUUCAAGAGUUGAAGCAAAAGUUGAGUUCUGCACCAGUCUUGACAUUACCUGAUGGUACAGGAGGGAUGAUUGUCUAUUGUGAUGGUUCAAGAUUGGGAUUGGGAUGCAUGUUGAUGCAGAAUUGA